CACCAACCCAGUAUCUGUGCUGUUAAUUACCUAAAAAGUAAAAUUAAAUUAAAAUUUUUAAUUCUUUUCAAUUGGAAUAAUUAAGUAAAAUGUACACAUGGAAAGUGAAUUUUUCUGGAACUGGCAUACUACUGAUGUCAGUGAUUUCUACUGCUCUUGGAUUGAUAGUUAGUAUUCCACAGUCCAACUAUGAAGUUGCCCGAGGUGAUGAAGUGAUCAUAACAUGCACUUUUCAGCCCCAAAAUCCUAAAAACCGACUCAUUAUCAUCUCAUGGACUGGUGAUCCUGAUGGGUCAUUUGAUGAUGAAGGGAUUACUUUUGGGACUUUCUAUUCCAAUGAUAACCAUGUAGAUAUCAGUGAAAUGUAUGAAGGAAAAGCCCUGAUUGAGAGUGAUAUGAAUAAAAAAGAGUCAAAACUAAUACUGAAGCAAGUCACUUUGCGAGAAAGCAGACGCAUCAGAUGUUUUGUUCAGAUUCCUGGUGAUACGGUGGGACAAACGUCAGGUUUAACAUCGCUUAUAGUCCUGGUCGCGCCGUCAAAUCCUAUCUGUAAAAUUAAAGGUGUUGCAGAGUAUGGACAAAACAUCAACCUGACCUGUGUCUCUGAAGAGGGCUCCCCAGCUCCCACCUACCAGUGGCAGAACUAUGAUGUCAAAAAUGUCUUAAGACCACUUCCACCCAAAGCCACUGCCAAGGAUGGACUGCUUUCUUUGUUUAAUGUGUCCGUGGACACAUCAGGUUACUACAUUUGCACAUCGACUAAUCAGAUUCGCUCUGCAAAGUGCAACCUCACACUGGCAGUUAUGCCACCUACAAUGAACAUGGGAGCUACUGUAGGAAUUAUUGGAGGCUGUGUUGCUGGAAUUGCAGUGCUUGUACUAAUAAUUUACUGCUGCUGUAGAGACAAGGAGAAGCCCGAGGAAUUUGCCAUGGAACAUCCAGUUAUAGACUAUCUUGACAUCCCAAAUAAAGAGAAACAAGAAGAUGGUGAUGUUAGAAAGAUUAGUAUUGACCAGAGAGAGAGGUAUGAGACGGCUGAAAAGGACAGUGAUCGUAAUUCCAAUCGGAAGCUUGACUAUGAUGAUCGACAAGAGGAUGAACAUCCUGACAGGUUUGAUGAUCGCAGGGACAUUAGCAGUGGUGGCCGUAACGCAAAUCGCAGAGAACGUUUUGAUGAACGCACAUAUCAUUAUAAUGACCCUCAGAAACACUAUGAUGAUCGCAGAGGUCAAUACAGUGAUUUCAGAGAUCAAGAUGAUGAUCGGCAAAAUCGCUCUGAUGGCAGAAGGGAUGGUUUUGGUGAUCAGCAGGAUCGCUACACCGAUCGUGGAGAGCGUUAUGAUAAUCGAGAAGAUUACUUUGAUGAUAGGAGAGGUUACUAUCCCCAGAAUCGCUAUAAUGGUGACAGAUAUUAUUCUGAUGACCGCAGAGAAGAUUAUGAUGAUCGCCAGGGUCGCUAUGAACACCACAGACACCGCUAUGGUGAUCGCCAGGAUCACAAUAAUGACCAGAGAGAUCGUUAUGGGCGCUAUGAUCGAAACGCCGAUCGCCUUGAUCAAUAGGAAGAUCUUCAGGUUUAUGACUGGAAAAAUAUAUGUAUAGACCUAUAAUGAGUAAUUGUAAGCAUGAUACCUGAAGCUCAUUCACUUUGCAUAAAAG